AUGUUCGAAGUAGGCAUGUUUUACGAGAUCGACCACGGGCAGCUUCUGCCUAAAUCCCCGAUUCACCUGAAGGAUGUCCGCGUCGUCAAGGUUUGUACGUGAGAUAUCGUUGGAUGACUUCAGAUUUAAUGAGGGCAUUUAACUCCUAGAGUUAAAUCUGUUUCACUGAGAAUCUUUCUUUGUUGGGAUUGGCCGCAGGUCAGCGAGAAGACGAGAUUAAAUGUGACCGUUAGUUUCCCCAGCGCAUUCUCUCUGCGUAAGUACUUUGGAAACGAGAAGAUUGCCGUUGAAGCAGAGGCGAUGCCACCACCGCAGCACCCGGAACUGGACGAGCAGUUCGUGAUGGGCUUCGACCGUGCCAGCAAGAUACUCAGCCGACUGAUUCCCUCCACGGAGGUGGAGGGAGAGGCUCACCUGGAGCGCUUCUGGUUAGUGGCUCCCAAGGAGGAGGAUGAACCUGAAUCCAUCCCACUCACUGCGGCAGCAGACGAGCAGGAGGAAGACGAAGGUGGGAUGAUCCCAGCGGAGUCGUGCCUCCUCAUCCUGAAGCGUUCUGGGGCGAUCGGCUGGGGCGUGAGGCGCAAGAUCAAGUACAUUGGUCGUCACAGGGAGGAGAGCUCGUCACUUGGGGCUGUUCUCAAGGAAGAAGAGAUGGUCGCGCAGUGUGGGGCCGUUGGGAGGAAGAGGAUACGCGAGAUUGUCCGGAAGAAGAAGAGAAAGAAGGAAGAGAAGAGCUUAAAGAAAGCGAAACUGGAUAGGGGAGGGGCAAGCGACCGCAAGGUCUUCAAGGCUCCCAAGGACCGGUGGUCCUCAGAAAGGUUAGCGACCAGAGAUCUCCUGUUUUUUUCCUCACCCUCCUCUUCGCCCGGGUUAGAUCAACGAAGACAAUCGGCGGUGUAGAUACUUUGAACGCAGUGGACUGACCGACUGCCUUCUCUCUUUCUGAGGUGUAGAUACCGUGCGGCGGAGCUGAAGCUAUUGGAGAUCAUGAAAGAGAAGGGGGCCGCACUUGGGAACCCCAUACUGCGGCCGGAGCUGAGGGAGGAAGCGAGGAAGCAUAUCGGGGACACGGGCCUACUCGAUCAUCUCCUGAAACACAUGGCGGGCAAGGUGGUCUCGGAGGGCAAGGAGCGUUUCCGAAGGCGCCACAACCCGGAGGGUGCGAUGGAGUAUUGGCUGGAGGCCGCCGAACUGCAGGAAUUGCGGAGGACUGCUGGGGUGAUGGACCCUUUCUGGCUCCCCCCCCCAGGAUGGAAGCCCGGGGACUCCAUCUCUCCAUACGGCGUCGUGUGCGGGAAAGAGGUCGACCUUUUGAAGGGAGAACUUGACGAUCUUAGAAGGUCUCUCUCUCUCUCUCUCUCUCUCUCUCUCUCUCUCUCUCUCUCUCCCCUCUCUACCCUCCGUUCGUCAUUUAUUCGAUACGAGGCACUAACUUUGGUUUAUUUUGCCUGUCCAAUUGGAUAA